AUGGAUCAUAGUACUAAUCGUGCUUUUGGUUUGUCUGUCUUAUUAGUGUGCGGAAUGCUUCAUGGCAUUGCGUGUCAGCCGGUAGAUUACCAUGCUGCAGUUACCAAGUCUUUGUUGUAUUUUGAGGGUCAACGCUCUGGAAAGUUGCCGGAAGAUAAUAAGCUGCAGAGAGUGCAAUGGCGUGGAGAUUCUGCACUCCAAGACGGCGCUGAUGCUGGAAUUGAUCUGGUGGGAGGAUACUAUGAUGCCGGUGACAAUCUGAAGCUAGGGUUUCCAAUGGCGUUCACAAUAACAAUGCUAUCAUGGAGCACAAUAGAGAUGGUCAGCCAGCUCCAGGCAAAGCAAGAGCUCACAAAUGCCUUGCUCGCCAUCAAGUGGGGAACCGAUUACUUGAUCAAAGCACAUCCACAGCCGGACGUGCUCUACGCGCAAGUUGGACAGUCCAAUUCUGACCAUGGAUGUUGGCAAAGACCGGAAGACAUGACCACCCCGAGAACCUCCUUCAAAAUUGAUGCUCAACACCCUGGCUCCGAUCUUGCUGCUGAAACUGCUGCUGCUUUUGCCGCUUCUUCAAUGGCUUUCAAGAAUUCGGACUCUCAAUACUCGUCCACGCUUCUAAUGCAUGCGAAACAACUUUUUGAUUUUGCCCGAGAUCACCCCGGUCUUUAUCAGGACAGCAUCCCUUAUGCCGGAAAAAGCUACAGCAGUUCCGGUUAUCAUGAUGAAAUGUUGUGGGCAGCAGCAUGGCUGCAUCGUGCUACAAAUGAAAAACCGUACCUGGAUUACGUUGAGCAAGCACAAGAUAUAGGGGGCACAAGAUAUGCAUUCUCAUGGGAUGACAAAUACCUCGGCGCACAGCUCUUGGUUGCAAUGCUUGUACUGGAGGGGAAGGUUGACAAUGCAGGAAAAUGGGCAGAAUACAGGAGCCACGCAGAGGAGUUCCUUUGUUCGUGCAUCCAGAAAGGAAGCACGAACAGGAAGCGUACACCCGGAGGCUUGCUAUCGUUUGCGCAGUGGGACAACAUUCAAUGCGUCGCCACUGCUACCUUCGCCACCAUUGUUUAUUCCAAUUACUUGGCCGCCAAAAAUGCCUCGCUCAACUGUGCUGUUGGCAACACUAACCCUUUUGAUCUUGUUGCAUUCGUCAAAGCACAGGUGGAUUAUAUAUUGGGGUCAAACCCCAAGAACAUGAGUUACAUGGUUGGAUAUGGAGCAAAUUAUCCGAAGCGGAUUCAUCACAGAGGAGCAUCAAUUAUAUCAAUCAAGCAGGAUCCGACACCGGUGACAUGCGGCGGAGGGUACACUUGGUGCCACAGCAACGCACCGAACCCAAAUGUGCUAGAUGGAGCUGUCGUGGGCCCAGAUAAAAAUGAUGGUUUCUCCGACGAUAGAGGCAAUUUUCAACUUGGUGAACCCACAACUUAUAACAUCGGUCCAUUAGUUGGUGUCUUCGCUUACUUUGCUUAG